AUGGCUGACUAUUCAUUGUUUACCAAAGGGCAAGGAGAUCAGUUUAUAGCCUUAUUGGUGUAUGUGGAUGACAUAGUCAUCACUGCCCGAUCAAAUUCUGGUAUUGUGAUAUCACAGAGACAUUACACAUUACAACUGCUUGAAGAUACAGGUUACUUAAACUGCAAACCAGCAAAUGCUCCUAUGGAUCCAAAAACACAUCUUAGUUUACAUGAAGGUGAUCUUUUGACAGAUGCCUCUCAAUACAGACAAUUAAUUGGAAGGCUACUUUACUUGACAAUAUCAAGACCAGACAUUACAUAUGCUGUUCACAAACUCAGCCAGUUUCUAUCUCAGCCCAGGUUGCCACAUCUUAAAGCAGCACAUCAUUUGCUUCGAUAUUUGAAGAACAGUCCAGGUCAAGGCAUUUUUUUCUCAGCUAAAAAUGAUGGUUCUGAUCUAAAAUUACAAGCUUUCUCAGAUGCUGAUUGGGGUUCUUGUGUUGACACAAGAAAAUCAACAACAGGAUUUUGUAUCUUCAUUGGGAAUUCUAUGAUAUCUUGGAAAUCAAAAAGGCAAGCCACUGUGUCCAGAUCAUCAGCCGAAGCUGAAUAUCGAGCUGUAGCUGCUACCAUCAGUGAUUGUCUGGCUCAAACAAUUACUGAAGGACUUCCAGAUAAAUGUAGCUUCUCCAGCCAUCCUUUUUUGUGA